AUGUUAGAGUUGGCGGGGUAUGAUCUGCCGACGUUCUUCCCUCAUGUGGGGCCCUUGCCGGCUUACGGCCCUUUUUGGAACCUCGACGUGGGGCGCGCGACCAAGGGUCACGACUUGUCGGAAUGCGUUAAGCAGUAUACGGCGGCCGUCGCACAGUCGGUGCAGACUGUCGUUGAGCUUUACCGGUCGGAAAUCAAGCUGUUGAGAGACCAGUAUCAGCAAGAAGCUGGUGUGAAGCUUUCAGAGCAGGAUGCACUUUCGGCUUGGUGGAUUUAUUUGAUAAAGAAGGUAGGAGUGGAUGAUGUGAACACUGUGAUCUACAUUUGCAAUUACCGCUCCUUCUCACCCGAGCAUCCGUCAUUCCCACCCAACCUCUCCACCCUAGCAUCCAACGGCGCCCAAAUGCGACACAUCCCCAUCCCUCCCACAUCCUCCCCUUCCGCCUCACCUGCGCUCGUGGCAAAAGCCAUCCGGGAAGGUGUCGUCAAGCUCCGGUAUUCCAGCGAUGAAACUCUCCGAUGGAUCGCUACAGUGGCGUACGAGCUGAGAAAAGCGGCGAUAGAGGAGAAGGGCCAGAUCGUCCUGCCCCGCCCGGGAGAAGUUAGCGUCAACUCCAACAUGCGAAUGGAUUGGAAUGUGUCGUACGGAUUCCCAACGCAUCAAGUCGCUUUCCAUACCGUCUUUUCCGUCCCGCGCUUCCUCCGAGUGUUCCGAGCCAACCCGAGGGAAGGAGAGGAGAAGGGCAAGAGGCUGGAGUUGAUCUUUAAUGUGGCGGAUGAGGGUGUGAAGAGGAAGGUGCAAGAGGCUGUUGAUGAAGAAAGGAGAGCUUAG